GAAUGGGGCGCGCGGCUGCGGCGGGACCCCGGCGCGGUGGCGCGAAGCGGGUCCGGGAACGCAGCGGGCACCAGGCGGAGCCGCCACCGCCAGGUCUGUGCGAGGGGCCGGUGGGUGCGGGACAGCGUCGGAGCGAAAGUGGGUCACGGCGGGGCCCAGCGCCCCAGGCAGGGCGGGACCGGACUUGCGUGCCCCGGCCCGAGCCGGGGCGUCUCCCGCGUUCCCGGGCGGCCGCGCCUGUGCGGCUGGCCCCCUGCCCGGCGUCCCGGACCGCCCUUCCCCCGACGCCUCCCCUUCUUCACUGGGCAUCCGCGCCGGAUCCCGGGGGAGGCGGACCGGAUCGGGCGGCGGGACGGGAGCCUGACGCCGACUGUUCGGUGCCCGCAGCGGCCAAGGCCAUGGGCACUCCGGCCUCGGUGGUAAGCGACUCUCCGGGACGGGCAGCGCCCUCAGCCCGCGCCCGUAAGCGGGCCUCGGCCAACAUCUUCCAGGGCGUGGGGCUGCGAGAGCUGCGGAGCCUGUUCCGGAGCGGCGGGGCCGAGCGGCCCGAGGAGCGCGCCCGCCUCGUCUGGCGGUACGCGGGCCAGCGGCGCAUGGCGCGGGCCCUGCGGCGGCUUCGGCGACGACGAACAACCCAGCCCGGCGGUGGGAUGGCAGCGCUACGGCGCUUCGAACACCUUCGGUAGGAUCGCGGAGAAGAAGCUGGAGGGUGACUGCGGGGCCGAGACGGGCUCGGGCUCCAUGUAGCAGCGCUGAGCAGCUGGGCGUGGAGAGCAGCUCUCCAAGGACCCUAAGUGUACUGGGCAGGGUGCAAUGCAUGGUUAAUAAAGGGUAGACAGUGGUGGCUGGGUGAGGCUCUGGUUGUGUCCUGCUCAUCCCUGAGUGGCAGAACCAUGGUCCAGGCUGUUGUACAGCACCUACUGCAAGGGGAACAGCCCCACAUCAGAGGUCAGGUUGGAACAGACCUGUGGGUCAUCUAUUCCAGCCUCCCUGCCUCCCAGCAUCCUAGAGCAGAUGUCAGAGGAUCACAUCCAGAUGGUUCUUGAAUAUCUCUUGUGAGGGAGACUCUCUGGGCAAUCUGUUCCAGUGCACAAUCACACAGUAACUGCUCUGGCACAGUCAUAGGGACAACUGAAGAAGAAGCUACAUGCUGCCCUUCAUGAGAAGGAACACUAGGAAGAGAGAACAGAGAUUCUCCAGGGAGCUGGCCAAGCUGGAAGAGUGUAGGCCCCUGGAGAACAGAGCAGUCAUGAGGGACAUUCUGAAGCUGGAGGAGCUGAAGCAGGAGGUAUUCAGCCUCACUGCCAAAAGAACAAAACUCCAGAGCAUGGUCCUGUGGCUGAAGGAGGAGAAGCAGCUACAGGAAGCAGCCUUGCAGUCUGAAUGUGGCCACUUCGAGGAGGAGAAGCAGCAGCUGGGCAGCCUCAUCUCCAGCCUCCAGAGCUCCCUCUCCAAGAGCCACUGGGCCCAGGAGAGACUGGAGCAGGAUCUGCAGACAGAAUGCUAAGAGACAGCCUGAGCAGCUGGUUGCCCUCUAUGUCCAUC